UAUUUAACACGCACUCGGUGUUUUUUCUCCACACUUGGCUUGUUUGUGUAACAGCGAACUGCGAGCGAAAGUACAAGCGAUGUGUGUUUCUUUUUUUUUGUCUACGUGUAAUGAGUGCAAAAAAAAAAACCGCAGUGUUUUCACUUUGCGGUUUGUGUUUCACUCCGACAUUUUGAUGUCGACACUGAAGUGAUAAAAUGUUGUCAGUGCUGUCAGAUUAUUAGGAACUGAACUCACUGCUGGUGUGCUGGAGCAGUCACAUGUCUGUGGAAAGCCACUGCUCCUGUGUGUGUCUGAGGCUCCAGCGCAGAGGAUGGUGCUCACUCGGCAACUUCUCCUGUCCUUUUUCCUCUCUUUCUUUUGUCUGAGGAAACCCUAACGAUGGCAAACAUGGCUGAGGCCUCAAACAGCAGCAACAGCGAGUCGUACAGUCACCUUACCUGGGAGCAGGUGAGCCGGCUAAAUGAGGUGCUGAGCGAGCCGGUGCCGGUCCACGGCCGGGGCAACUUCCCCACCCUGGAGGUGCGGCUGAAGGAAAUUGUGCAGAAGGUGCGCAACCAGCUUGAGCAGCAUGGCAUCAAAGUCAAAGACAUCCGCUUAAACGGCUCCACUGCCAGCCACGUGCUGGUGAAGGACAUUGGCUGGAGCUACAAAGAUCUGGAUGUCAUCUUCAGAGUUGAUCUCCCACAGGAGACGGAGUUCCAGCUCAUCAAAGAUGUGGUGCUGAGCACUUUGUUGGACUUUCUGCCAGAAGGGGUUAACAAGGAGAAGAUCACACACAUGACCCUGAAGGAGGCCUACGUGCAGAAACUCGUCAAAGUGUACACGGAGCAGGACCGCUGGUCCCUUAUCUCCCUGUCCAACAAUAACGGACGCAAUGUGGAGCUCAAAUUCGUGGACUCGAUCCGCAGGCAGUUUGAGUUUAGUGUGGAUUCCUUCCAGAUAAUUUUGGACUCUGUGCUGUCUUUUUACGAUUUAUCAGAAAAGCCUAUGUCUCAGCAUUUCCACCCUACUGUGAUGGGGGAGAGCAUGUAUGGUGACUUUGCUGUGGCUCUAGACCACCUCAGGAACAAGCUGAUUGCCACCAAAAGGCCAGAGGAGAUUCGUGGAGGCGGCUUGCUGAAAUAUUGUAACCUCCUGGUGAGAGACUUCAGGCCCACAGAUGAGGAGGAGUUCAAAGCGUUAGAGCGCUAUAUGUGCUCUCGCUUCUUCAUUGAUUUUCCUGACAUCGGCGAGCAGCAGCGGAAACUUGAGGCCUACCUGCAGAGUCACUUUGUGGGUGAGGAGAAAAGCAAGUAUGACUACCUCAUGAUCCUGCGACGGGUUGUGAACGAGAGCACAGUCUGCCUCAUGGGACAUGAGAGGAGGCAGACGCUUAACCUCAUCUCACUCACAGCAUUCCGGGUGCUUGCUGAACAGAAUGUCAUACCAGAUGCCUCUAAUGUGACCUGUUACUACCAGCCAGCGCCUUAUGUCCGAGACCUGAACUUCAGUAACUACUAUGUGGCUUCUUGUAACCAGUCCAUUCCAACAUGGCUGCCGUGUAACUAAGACUCUCAACUGAUGAUGCUUUAUUAAUGAAGGAAAAAACCAGCUGUUUGGCCAUGAGUGGUAUUUCCCUGUGUGGGCAUAAAGGAUAUUUAAAAGGACAAGCAUUUGGGUCUAUAUUUGUUUGUUUGGUUUGUUCUUUUUUUUUUUUUUUUUUUGGGACUCAGCUAAAUUCUUAUCUAUCAAUGUGUCAAGACCUUUGGAUCCAAAGUAAUAUAUAUUUUUAGAGCUUGGAUUAUCUAUACUGGGGGGGGGGGGGGGGGGGGAAUCAAAUGUUCCCUUAAAUUUGUUUGAUUGUUUUUGUUGCCUUUGUGUCCCUAAUCUGAGCAAUGAAUUUUUUUGCAAACUGAAAUUCUUAUUGUGCCUUAUCCCUCCCUAAUGUAUUAAAUACUUUUGUCUUUAAGGGAGGAAAAGAUUUCUCAAAGGACAGUGUUGAUGUUUCUUGUGAUAAAACAUAGAAAAUAUAGGAAAAAAAACCACAAAAUUUUGUUAAAUUGGGAAAAAAAAAAGAUUUUGGGUGACAAAAACAAAAAAAAAAGUACGCACAGACUUAAACAGAAAAUUCCAGUGUGCAAUGAGGAGGGUUUCCCCCCCUUUUUUUUCUUUCCUCUUUUUCUUUUUUUUUAAACUACUGUGAGCUGCUAAUAUCUUCAAGAGCUUUCAGCUUGUGCAUUCUAAUUUCUCCUGUUCCUCAGCUAAUCAUAACCAGGGUUAUCAUGAGGUAAAGAACGCUGCACGUUUGUUAUAGAUAUGGAUGCAGAAAGUAUAGAUUACAUAGCAUUUGUGUUGGGGUGUGCUUCAGCCAAAUACAUUGUUUGCAUGCAAAAAUAUUUUUAGUAUUCCAGUACAGACUUCAGAAAGUUAUCUCUCUACAGCUGCAAGUUGUAAACUUGUUCAGUCAGGCGUUUCUAGCUAGUGUGAUUUCAGAUUUCCAACUAGUUUUAGGACAGAGUUGUAGCCUUUUUUUUUUUUUUUUUUUUUCCUUCCUUAAAGACAACAGUGCAGGUAACAUUUCAGAAGCUAACUUGUCGUCGUUCUGUGAUUUAAUAUGGAUAAUGUAAUGUCUGCUAGAGUUGGCUGCCGGUGAGAGGACAGGCUUGCCUUUGAGUGACUUAUGUAUGGAAUUUAAUUCUAAAUGGAAGUGUACAUGUGAGAGGGAGCAUGACAGUGAGGUUGUCCCUUUUCCUUAAAAGGAUAAAGUGUUGGGUGUCCGGUGCUCUUGAGUCUAUAGUGAUCCUUAGCAGGCUUUGCAUUGCUGUGUAACAAGACUCCAAACUGGUGUCACACCGCUCUAAAAUUAUCCUAAGAGGCACAGGGCAGAAUAUGUCUAUGCUGGAGGGAGGUGGGCAGGUUUUUCUGCUGUGACGAACACCUUACAUGUGCUUCUGCUGCUCUUGCCCUUCGUACAGAUGCAUGCUGAACCCUUUUCUGGUCAUUGGAGCAGGGCCUCAUUCACAGAAACAUUACAGUGGCUCUAGGUAGAUUCCAAUUAUGGAUUUUACCCCGGUAUGGUAAUGGAUUUUUUCCCUGGUAUGGUUAACUUUAAUACUGCUACACAUCAGUGUCUUGUACUCUUGUUUAUCACUAAACUAUAUCUGUCUGAAAGUCUUUCAUUCUGAACUAACAGCUGUUCCACAUUUUCUUAAAGUUUUUCUUUCUGCUUACUCUGCAUCUGCAUGCAGCUUUUUCAAGUAUGCACACACACAAGAUAACCUGGAGAGCCAAGCUCAGCCUCUUAUCUGCUUCACACACAGACUUUGGAGGGAGGUGGGAAAGGGUCACUGUAGCCUCUGCCAGUUGCGGUCACACCCCUGGGUCAGGGCAUAUUGAAUUUAGGUUUUUUUUGUGUGCAGGCUAUGAUUAUUACGUUUUUUUUGGGGGGUGGGCUGGGGGUUUUGGGGAUGUGGUAUGUGUAUAUUAUGGAUCUAGACAUUUUGGUGUCAUGUGAAAAGUCAGUUUACAUUAUGAUGUCCUCUCUGGUCCAUCCUUACACCCUGCUUUUCUUAAACCUAGUUGUCUAGUCAUUCCAGUAAUAGAGACUUAAAUAGACUUUGUCAAUCACCCUUUUAACUCCUCUAAGCAGAGCAAAAACCAGUUACUGCUAAAUACCUCACACACUCAAAUUUAUAAAUGCAUAUAAGCAAUCUUGUUGUACUCCAAAACCUGGGUAACUGUGUACGUGUAUAAGCUCUAAAUAACGCAUUGGGUGAGGCAGAGAAUGGACCCUGGACAAAGGGCUGCUGUGUGUUUGUGAAUUAUUUAACUUGCAUUCUGGCUUGAAAUGUUAGUUUUCUCAUGUGACUGAUGGGAUAUGCUUAAUGGAGUAUUUAGAUGUUGUCUGCUUCCUAAUGUAUUCAUUUCUCAGAUGUCUGUGGUCCUAAUUCCAUAAAGCAAACCCAAGUAUCUGUUACUCAAAUCAUAUUCACUAAAGUUUGUGAAAAUCAAUUCAAGAGGCAUAACAGGUUUUGGACCACGGAUGUGGUAUAUAGAUGCAGCAUUUCCUUAAUCUGUCCAGUUUGAGCAUUUCUGGCUGCCAUUGUUUUAUCUUGGCUAGUUGAACUUCACCCAGAUAAGGCUCGGCAUGAUGGGGCUUGGCUGGGCACCUAUUUAAAGGCUCAAUGUCCAGUAGGUUGACUGUAUAUAGAGAGGUGGCAUUUGAAAUGGAUGCAUGCAUAGUGUUAUACUAAUGCAGAAGUAUUUUGUUCUUUCAGAUAGAGGUGUGUUUUUGUUUUUAUUUUUUUCCUGCUGUAAUUCCAGAAUUUCCCCAUUUGAACAUUCUCUUUCCUGUCUGUGUGAACAAAGAUGUUUGAGCUUUGCUUGUACUGUUGCACUAUGGCUCAGAAAGCAUCUGUACCAUUAUUUCUUUAAUGUUUUCCUGUGCCUAGGGGAGGACUUCCCUGUGUUUGGACAAUUGUCUAAAGUUUUGCUGAUGCUGGAGGCUUUUUUGGAAGUCCUUUGCCAGGUGGUAACGAGUUGUGGGAUAUGCAGUUUGUGUUCUGUCUGUGCCAAUGAUUGUGAGUCAAAAAGAUGCAGAAGUCUCACUUUUUUUUUUUUUUUUUUUUUUUUUUUUUUUUUUUUUUUUUGGGAAAAAGCUUAUUUGCCAACUUGGUGUUUUGAGGUUUAUUAAACUGUUUAUCAUUGUCAAUUAAUUUGAGCACUUUUACCUCACUUUAAUUUUCCUUUGGAUGGAGUUGAACAUCAGGAAAAUGUAUAUGAAGAGGGGGGAAAAAAAAAACAAAUAAAGUAUUAAACCCCACACUGAUGUAAAUUGUGUUUAUUUCCAGACAUGAA